GAAAAGUUAAACCUCCACACCCGUUCCACUUGAACAUUGCCUGGACGUAUUUCUGCAUCAUCUCAACUUUUACAACUUAGGAGAAACAAGAUGACUAUGGUAUCAGAGUUUCUGGGACAGCUGUGUCUCAACAUUGGGACCAGUGAACCCACAUUCCCCACUGUGGUACCCACUGUGGACUUUGACCCUGACAGAGAUGCUGCCAGAAUAGACACUGCUCUCAAAACCAAAGGGGUGGAUGAACAGACCAUCAUUGAUGUCCUGACAAAGCGAACCUACGCACAAAGGAGAGACAUAGCUUUUGCGUAUGAAAAGAGGGUAAAGAAGGACAUGAUCUCUGCCCUGAAGGGAGCGCUGUCUGGCUCUCUGGAAACUGUGAUCCUCGGACUGAUGAAGAGCACGACCCAGUAUGAUGCCUCAGUGAUCAGAGGAUCUAUCAAGGGGUUAGGAACGGAUGAAGAAACACUGAUUGAAGUUUUGUGCUCCCGCAGCAAUGCUGAGCUGGUGGAGAUCAAGAAGGUCUACAAGGAAUUGUUCAAGAAGGAUCUGGACAAAGAUGUGCAAGGUGACACCUCUGGGAACUUUGCUAAGCUGCUCUUGGCUCUGGUGCAGACCAAGAGAGAAGAGCCAUCAGCUAUGGUAGACUAUGAGAAGAUUGAUCAGGAUGCCAGAGCACUCUUUGAGGCUGGCGUAAAUAUAAAGGGGACUGAUGUGGCGACCUGGAUCUCCAUCAUGUCUGAGAGAAGCGUACCCCACCUGCAAAAAGUGUUUCAGAGGUACAAGAGUUACAGCCCCUACGACAUGCAGGAAAGCAUUGUGAAGGAAGUGAAAGGAGACUUGCAAAGGUCCUUCCUGGUGCUAGUUGAUUGCUUUGAAAACAAACAGCUGUACUUUGCCAAAAGACUUAAUGAAGCCAUGAAGAGUAAAGGAGCCAAAGAGAAGAUAGUGACCAGAAUUAUUGUGUCACGCUGCGAGGUGGACCUCAAGAAGAUCUGCUCCGAAUACAAGGCCACCUUUGGAGAGUCUCUGCAGAGGACUAUCAUGGAACACACCAAAGGAGACUACCAGAAAGUGCUGCUCGGCCUGUGCGGACCAGAGCAGUAAAAAUGAAAACGCCUGGAAAGGUGCACUGGAGAGGUGGGCUUAUGAAUAUCACACUUGGAACAAACUCUGCAACAAAAGCCCAUUCGUCAUAUUUUCCCUGCACACAUUUUAAUGCAACAUUCAAGAAGAUACAUUUAUCUUUAUGAUAAACCAGAUAUCUGUAUUACAGCAUAUUUUUGUUAUACCAAAACAGCAAUUAAAGUUACUUCAUUGGAGUAUUAUCCCUCA